GUCAUAAUCUCUCUGAACCUAAAGCAAAUCCAAUUUACGGCCUCAGUCGUCUUCAAACUCACCAAACAAAUCUCUCCUCUACAUCCCAUUUGAAUAAGUCUCACCUCCGCCACGCUCUUACGCCACCACUUCUUAAGUGCCAAAAACGCGACACGAUCGCUCGAAAACUUUUCGAACCCUGGCAUAAUUAGUUCCGACUUCGUGGUGUGCGGGUAGUGAUAAUUAAUUAAUUUUGGGAAAAUGCUGGAGCAGUACCAGAUGGACUCCACGAAUGACAAUUAUCAGGGUUGUGAUACUACGACGAAUCUUAGCACCCCGUUCUCGGUGAAAGAUAUCCUUAACAUGGACAAUGAGUACGGGAAUUAUUAUUGCAACGUGAAGAGGGAGUAUGGACAUUACGAUUUUGGUGCGACGCAACAGUUUUGGGAUAAUUCGCAAGGGGGCGGCGAGCAGAAUUACAAUUAUUAUCAUCAGGGGGUGGAGAAUAAUGAGUAUUUACAGAAGAAUAUGAUGUAUGGGGCGGAUUUCCCGUUCGAUUUUCCGUACGUGCCGCAGCAGAUGAAGGAGCAAAGGGAUUAUUCGAGAAUUGAAAGUCCAAAAAUCCACCAGCAGGUAGUCACCAGCUCCAAAACCGAGCUGCGGAAGUCCGGCAGACAGCGAUCGAAAAGAAAACCCCGUGUCCUCUUCUCGCAAGCACAAGUGUACGAAUUAGAGCGACGUUUCAAACAACAAAAGUAUCUGUCAGCACCCGAGCGGGAGCAGAUGGCCCAAGGCCUCAAACUGACACCCACACAGGUCAAAAUUUGGUUCCAGAAUCGGAGGUACAAGAGCAAACGACAAACGCUCAACAAAACCGAACUGGACAAGAACCAAGGGGGCCCCAACGUCACGGCCACCCCCAUGGGUUUCUGCGCCUCCAACCCGUGUGUCUUCCAGGGCAGUGUGUACCAUCAUAACCAGGAUUUCAGCUGUGAUGGUGUUAAGUACAACGAGCUUAAUUUCGUGUGAUGGGUGUGGAGGUUUUGGGGAAUUGACUUUGGGACGUCUGUGUCGAAUCGACAACACAGUAGAAACCAGUUUAAAAUUUACUCUCAAAAAGUCAGUUGUUUUUAUAAAGAUAUUGUUGACUUGACACGGAAUGACCCUGUUCGGUUUUGGGGUUGCGGGUGCGAGAACUCCAGUUCUAGCCGGUGAAGUGCAACGAACGCCAAAAAUGUCCAAAGAAGUAUUAUGAGUUUAGUUUGUAGAUUUUCUAUGGGAUGAUGUUAAAUUUAAUUUUAUUAUAUAUA